AUGCAUCCAAAGAAACAACAUCAUAAAACUUAGUCUUCUGACAUCUCUGCUUAAGCAAUAAUAAAUUUUCUAUCAAACAGAGAUACACAAAAUGGUAGACAAUCUCCAACUAAAUAACUUGAUUAACUAAAAAUGAAGACAUAGACACAUCAAAGUCCAUAACCAGUUAAAGUAACUUAGUAGUAAUAGACUUUGCUUUAAAACAUGAUGAGAUAAAGCUAAAGAAAAUUGCAAUAACCUGAAACAACGAAAUCAAGAAUUGGCUUAAUGUCUCCAAAGGUUUUGAGUCAAAUCCAUAUGAAAACAUAGCCUCAUUCUCACUAGAACUCAUAAGUUAAUUUAAAAGAGUCGAUGUAAUAAUUAAUGUCAAUUCCACUUUCAGCUACAAGUAAAGUUGUUAGCAAAGAAAAAAAACUUUUAGAAGAAUUGUUAACUAAGACUAAGAACUCUAAAUAGCAAUAAUUCUUUCCUAAGAGUCCAUCUAUGGAAUAAAAAUUUUAAACUCAUUCUGGCUCAUAACCCCUUAUAUUUUUAGAGAAGUUUAAACCAACUACUGCAAGGUAUAAAUUUAUUUUAUUAUUAACAGAAAAUAGGAAAUGAUGACAAUUGUGCUUUAAUAUAAAAACUUCCGUUAAAAAUAUGCAAUAGACAUAUCAAUCAAUAAAAUAUAAUGGUUAAUUGAUUUUGUUAAGCAAGAGUUAGGAAUACCAAUUUAAGGAAUAAGAACUACAGGUAUUUCAAUACCUGUAGAUUUUAUUCUAUCCAAAUCAGAUAAACCUUUAAGUCUCUUAGCUGGAUUUCCAAUUCAACCUUUAUAAAUAGAACCAAUAAUUCUAAACCCUAAUGAACCUAAAUCAGCAAGAGUCACACUUAAAGAUUUUGAGUUUAUAAGAUGUAUAGGAAUGGGAGGAUUUUCUAAAGUUUAUAUGGUUAGAGAGGUUCAUACUGGGUAGUUUUAUGCUAUGAAAUUAAUUGAAAAAAAGCCUAUCCUUUAAUAAAAUAAAUAACAAAUUAUACAAUAAGAAAGAGAUAUUAUGUCACAUUUGGAUCAUCCUUUUAUUGUUGGUUUAUAGUAUGCUUUUGAAUCAAGAAAAUAUUUAGUUUUUGUUUUAGAAUAUUGUUUUGGAGGAGAACUAUUUUAUCUAUUAAGAAAGGUAAAACAAAUCAACCUAUUAAUAGGUAAAAAGAAUGAAUGAAUAAGAAGCUUUUUUUUAUUUUGCUGAAAUUUGUCUUGGAAUGAAAAACCUUCAUGAUAAUAAUAUUAUUUAUAGAGAUAUCAAACCAGAGAAUAUUUUGAUUGAUUUUGAUGGACAUGUUCGUAUAGCUGAUUUUGGAUUAUCAAAACCAGGAAUGGUUGAUCAAGAAAUUGCUUACUCUUUUUGUGGUAGUCCAGAAUACAUGGCACCUGAAAUGCUUUUAAAGUCAGGACAUACUAUAUAGUUAGAUUUAUAUUGUCUAGGAGCACUUCUAUAUGAACUAGUUACAGGAUUACCUCCAUUCUAUUCAAGAAAUACAGAUGAAAUAUAUUAAAGAAUCUUAAAUGCAAAACUUACCUUUCCAUAAAAUUUAUCUGCAUCUAUUAAAGAUCUCUUAAGUGGAUUAUUAGCAAAAAAUCCUAAAAAAAGAAUCGAAAGCAUCGAAACUAUAUUGAGACAUCCUUGGAUGCUUUAAUGGGGAGAUAAAAACCUUUACAAAGAUUUAUUGUCAAAAAAAAUUGAGCCUCCUUUCAAGCCUGAUUGUUUUGCCUUUAAUUUCGAUGAAGAAGAAUUUGGUAAGGGUGAAGCAGAAUUUUUGUAAUACAUAAAACCACUUUAAUAAAAUGUUAUGGAAAAUUACCCUAAAGAUAUCAUCUUAAAAAAUUUUUAUUAUAAUUGUAUGUAAGAAAGCACAGGUGGAACUAUGCAAAGAUGAU